AUGAAGUCAUUACUGAAUGGUCUGGUACCUGUGCUGCCUUUUGCAAACAUAAAGGCUUCCAAAAACAGGAGACUAGUUACCAUAUCCGAAUAUGAAAACUAUCGACCAGCUGUUGAAGCAGAAGAAAGCUUCACUACAAAUGUCUUUGAGCCAAGAAAAAGCAGGAAGUUCUCUAAUAUUGGAAUUGAGCCAUCGACUAGCAAAGGUGAAAACUUGGAUUAUAAUUGCAUUGGAUUAUUGGAUGAUGAAUCCAGUUUAUACGCCAAUGAUAUUCAACAGGAAGAAAAUGAGACCUGGCCCGCAGAUCAUUUAACUACUUCCAGUGAGAUUCAAUCAACAGAAACUACAGUGCCCACUUAUGCGAAUUUAGAUGUGAUGUCUUACAAAAACAGGAAACUGUCUAUAACAUUUGAACAUGAACAUCAUUCAUCAAAUGUUGAAGAAAUGAGCGACUCCACAUUGCCAUGGAAAAGUUUACAGCGACCAGCCAGUGAUGAUAUUGAAGCAGCUGAAUAUGCUAACGUGCUUACCGUCCAAGAAAACUUUCUGACGAAUAAUCAUCCUUCAGCCAUACCACUCCGACAGAUAUCUCAAGCGUGUUCGGACAGUGAGACACACAAUAAUGCUGCACGCAAGAAGAAAAAAAAGUCUAUACUUGUAAGAGCUGCCAGUUCUGUGCUCAUUAGCCCCGUUUUGGGAGGUCCGUCUAGUUCUGUUGUUUGGAUAAACCCUCAGCGAACUGAGUCUAACUUUCCAGGCUGA